UUUUAGCUCCAUUUUGAAGUCUUCUUCGGGUAUCAAUUUACUUGACUUGAUGGCGCAGUUCUGGCCGACGGACGUGUACUUGUCCCCGCCUGCUGAUGAUUUAGCAGCGCCCGAGGCGGACGUGCAGCGACUGGUAUGGGCCGUCGCGGGCGCGUUCGUAGCUGCGUCCGUUGUGUCGUCCGCAUUGCUGAUCCGGGGCCACCUCAAUCACUUCACUCAACCAAUCGUGCAGAGCAAGAUCGUGGGCAUUUUGUGGAUGGUACCAAUCUACGCGACGGACUCGUGGCUGAGUCUGCGCUUCAAGGACGCCGCUCUGUACCUGGAUCUGAUGCGUGACUCGUAUGAAGGUUACGUGAUCUAUCUCUUCCUAGCUCUCAUGAUCGCCUACUUGGGUGGAGGUAGCAAUGAGAGAGUCCUUACAAUGAUGAGGGGACUACCAGAUCUAGAACACCCGUGGCCAUUUAAUAGGUGGUUUAAACCCAUUCAGAUGGGUCCUGGUUUCUUACGAGACUGCAAGAUGGCGACGAUGCAGUUCGUGGUGAUCAAACCCAUGAUGGCCUUUGCGGCCAUCAUACUGAGACUCAACGGCAUGUAUGACCAGGGCAAUUUCAGUGCCAAAAAGGGGUAUUUGUACACGAGUUUGGUGGUCAACGCCUCCAUCACGUACGCGUUCUACUACCUGGUGUUAUUCUACUUGGCAUUGAGCACGCAACUCGCGCCCUACAACCCUGUACCGAAGUUUCUGUGUAUCAAGGCGGUGUUGUUCUUAUCGUUCUGGCAGAGUGUGGUGCUGGCAUUCCUGUCUCGUUUCCAGAUCAUCCACGAAUUAGGGUCCUGGAGUGUCGAGAAUGUCACCACGGGUAUUCAGAACCUGCUUAUCUGCUUCGAGAUGUUCUUUGUGGCUCUUGCACACCAUCAAGCAUUCCCAUAUAAGCCGUAUGUGCAUGGUAAUCGGGCGCUACGUACGAACAUCCUGGCUGAUCACCUAGCGUUUGAAGACGCCAUGCGCGACUUCAAUGAAGUCAUGCCGGUAGUGCUGCCUACUGCUUUCAAGCCUGGUGCAGCGACGCUUAAGGCCAAGAAGAAGUACGAUUUAGUUCACCCAAAAGAUCUUUUCGCCACGGAGACUGUGGGGCUACUGAGUGACGAUGGAUGUACAUCCGAUGCUGAAAGUGAGUCAUCUUUGGACUCAAGAACCUCAAGAAGCUCCAGAAGCUCAAACACUGCUGUAUCACGUGGUUGGAAGCUGUAGGACGUGGUUUUCUUUUUAUCUAUUUGAAACGUUUACACAGCGGUAUACUUUUAAGUACAUUCAAAACCGAUUCUAGGCUUUGCUAGUGUUUUCCUUGUGCUAUGUACUCUGCAUUCAACAUUUCCAUACAUGCGUUCACGGGUUCUCUUUACGAA